AUGUCUUCAGCUCCCACUAACAUACCCCCAUAUCAUCUACCUCUUCCUAUUAAACCAUCCCAAGAUGACUACUCGUCUGAGACUCAUUCACCUUCGACUCACCAUGCGGUAUCGCUUCUAAAGUCUAUAUCGCAAACAGGAGGUCGGUGGGCAAGCGAUACUACCUAUACUACCGGGCAGGAUUACCAAAAAGACCAUCCCAACUCCAAGCCAAGUUCUCUCCCUCAACCAUCUAAGCUUUCUAGAAGAGGCUCAUCCCCUCAGAAAUCACCUCUACGCCGACUGUUCCAUCGAAAUAUCCUUCCAAUUUCACCAUCAACCACGUCAACUUUCAGUUCUGCCUCCGCUACGAGGUCAUAUGAAAUUUAUCUGUACGAUUAUGGCUCUCAUUCAGAGAUCCGCUUCGAACCUGUCAUCAACUCUCCUCAAACACCCUCUCAUGUGAUUUCGAACAGCAUGGAGGAAUCACCAAACACGGGUCACAGAAUUGCGUGUACCAAGAUGACUGAGAAGGAGGUGGUCUUAACCUGCAAUAACGAUAGGGUAGAGAAAGUAGCUAGUCUGAAUUUUUCGGUAAGAGGCACGUGGAUCAAGAUAAUGGGAGAGGAAGGGACUGCAUGGUUAGAAGAGGGUGAUAAAGGUUCCGAUAGUCAGAAAAUACAUCUUGAUGGGGCAAUCUACCAAUGGGCGGAAACGACCGGAUUAGCAAUGUUAGUCGAUCUUGAGACUAGACGCAAAAUUGCGAAAUUGCAUUUCAACGUUCUUGCUCGAGAUAAAUUGAUGAUAUCCGAAGAAGGGUUUGACAAAUUACCUCUUAUCAUCGUAUCAGCUGCUAAAGUGAGCUCCCUCUUGCUGUAUAUCUCUGUGUCACAUUAUGAAGAAUGA